GUAUUGUCUUAAAAAUUGAGUAUUUUCAUAUCCUCAUACUAAUCAGAGUUACUGAGGGACUUCAUGUCAUACGUAAAAAUAGAGGGACCAGCAUCCUAAGUUAUAGUGUCUAGUCUAGUCUAGUAUGAUUCAAGUGUUGCAUUACUUUUGUAACUCCCGCUGAGUUGAGCUUCUUUUUUUACCCAACUUUUUCGAACGACAAUAAAACAGAGUUCAUGUGUCACGCACACCUGUUGUCGUUGUAGAUUACAAGACGCGAAGACAAAUUGCUGUCUCAGGGCGAACGUAUAUUUAUACAAUGUAUUUGUCAAAUAGUUGUUUCGUUGUAUAAGUGCUGUCAGUUUAAAAUGGCGCACCUUUGGAAUUUUGGGCGUAGCAUAGUGCUUGAUGCCUGAAGUACUAUCGGGGUGCAACCUGUUUUAAUUUGGAACAUAUGCACCGUCGUUCUGUUUAGUAAACAUCCUGUAAAACUAAAUAAUAUACGGUACUGGGAACUGCAGUUGAGGGGAAAAAUGGUUCAGCCCUAUGUCUAACUGAGUGAUAAGUGUUUAAUACUGGCUGAAAAUGGGUCCUAGAAGAAAAACCAAUGCACAGCGUGAAGAAACCCAAGCUCAGUUUAUGCCCCUACGAAGACCGUCGGCAUACUCACACGAUAGUGUAGGAAGAUUUUCAGAACAUUUCUUGCAUGAUGACGUAUCAGUGGGUGGAUACAAAACAGCUAGUGACAAGUGCCGUGAUUGCAUGACGCGCAUCCCAUAUGCCACCCUCAUUGCUACAAUUAUGUGCAUUGUGGGAGUGGGUGUAUUUUGUGGAACCAUGUAUCGUGGUGCGACGCUCAGCAUCUUGAUGUUCAAUGAAGUCUUCCAUCUUCGUCUUGGCUGGUUAGAAGCAGUGCAGAUGGUUUUUGUCAUAAUUGGAGCCAGCAUGGGUGCCCUUGGGCUUAUGAUUUUGUUCGUUGGCUGUUUGGCAACUGGGACGACGAGACACAAAGUUUAUCGUGCCUGGGGAGCACGUGUUGGGGGCCGAAUCUCUUGUGCAGUGUUCAUGAGUAUCACCUACAUCCUGCAGCUUGCCUGGGUGCUGAUGUUGUGUUUCCUUGUGAUAGUAACACUUAUUUAUACAAUAUUUUGGGCACUUUGCUCCAGCUCUCGGGUGCAGUUAAAUCAUCAGUGUAUUGAUUUCAAGCAAUUCGACUUUCUCUUUCCUUCAAAGACGCCCCCUGCAGACAUGGAAGUGUGUGAAGAUGAACUGAAACUGUUCUGCAAAGACUAUGUGGAACGUGCAGAAGUUAUGUUUAUUCUUGCGUCUGUCUCAUGUUUGUUGGUGAUCCUCAGUCUUAUUCAUUAUUUAAUGUGCCUUUCUGCAAAUUAUGCACACAUUCGAGAUCAUGAGAAAUUCCAAGAACUUCAGGAACUUCAAUAUCUGCAGGACCCUGAAAUGUCUGUUGCUGGAUCAAAAGACCGAUUCUAAGUUGCCAGAAUGCAGUUGAGCUGGGAUAACGUCUGACAUUUGCGUUUAUAAAAUGUUUAGUGUACUGUGUUGGUUUGUCUAAAGUGUGCCUGUAUGCAGAUGGCAGGAAAGGGGACCAUGUGUACCUGUUGUGGAGAAUUAUUAUUAUGGUUAUUAUUAUUAUUAUUAUUAUUGAUCAACUGUGUUCCAUUUUAUGUUUCACACUGAUUAGAAUUAUCUUCCCAAACUUUUUUAUGACCACACAUGUAUCUUCAUUGUUCAGUAGCUACAGUUGUAACCACAGGCCAAUUCUGCAAGAGGAAUGCCGUCUAUUUGUAACCUGAAGGUAGUUGUCAUCUCAUUGAUUAAGAGUUGUAAUUAUUUACACACUUUCAAAGUGCUUGCAAAAUUAGGUUGAGAUUAAUGAAAAUGUUUCAGAUUUCAGUGUGAGAAGUGUUAAAUUGUCGUUUGAGAGGUGCUUGCACAAAUGUGAUUUCCAGUAUUGCUGUGUCUCUACAGAAUCCUGUAUCAUAUCAGUUGAGCAGGAAAAGUCUAGAGAGUUCACCCCCCCCCCCCCCCCCUCAAUAAAAUUUCUCUUCUGGUUCACUUCACAUUGCUUCAGUAUUUUAGGUAAAGUAAUAUAAUUUUAUUGUGCAAGAAAAAUAAGUAGUGUAAUGGUAAUUCUUUUAAAAAAAGAGUGCCUAAAAAGCUAUCAUUUUGUGGCAUAACUGAGUAUUGCAAUGUUGUUUUGAAUGUAAUGUUCUAAACUGGUUAGUAAAAUAUCAUUGUUCAGACUGCUGAUUGCAGUUAGUCUCACACAGAUUGAUUGAUGAGACUAUCAAGUAAGUUACGCGGGACUGCUACGGUCGCAGGUUCGAAUCCUGCCUCGGGCAUGGGUGUGUGUGAUGUCCUUAGGUUAGUUAGGUUUAAGUAGUUCUAAGUUCUAGGGGACUUAUGACCUAAGAUGUUGAGUCCC